AUGAAGCAAACAUUGCUUACAAGGAUGAAAAUUUUACUUAAUCGUGGUAUGAAAAUUCAGACCAUUCGUGCAUGGGGAUUGUUUAUCCAGUUACUGGGAUCCUAUGCAUUGAAGAACAGGAAAUUAAUUAAUGACAUGCUUAAGAUCCCCGAGUAUACAUUUGCGGACCAUGAUCCACAACUUCAAAUAGCUUCACAGGUUGCAUGGGAAGGCCUAAUUGAUGCACUAAUUUCCCCUGCAAUAUUACCUUAUAAGAGGAAUGCAUCUGUAGAGAAUGGUUGCUGUGAGCGAAUGGGAAUAUCUAAAUGGGAAAAUAGUGACAUCCAAGCAAAUGGAUUUUCAAAAAGUGUGAAGUUGAUUAUGAAGCCUCUAAUAGGCGUCAUGUCGAGUAAAUGUGAUGCAUCGGUUCAUGCUUCAUGCUUCAACACGUGGUGUAAUCUAUUACAUAAAUUAGACUCCUUUGUAAAUUGUUCCCCAGUGAAACAGCUGGUAUUAGAGCCUAUUUAUGAAGCAGUUUUUCAAACUGGUCCUGAUUGUAAGAGCAUCUGGUUGUGGAACCAGUGCAUAGAUUUUCUCAAUGCCUCAAUUUUAGCAAAGUGUAGAGAUGUGAACAAGGAGACAUCUGGUCUGGAGAGCCAUCAUUUGUCAGGUACAGCCUCCAUAACUGAAACUUUCACAAAGUGCUCAUGGAAGCGGCGGUAUCCUAUUAAAUGGUUGCAAUGGGAACUGACUCAUUUGGACUUCCAUUUGAAGAUUAUUUACAUUCUAAUCAAUCAAGCCUCAAAGACAUCUUUCUCUCGGGAUAAAAGAAGUUUAGCAUAUGCCGCCUCCUUAAGGUUAUUUAGAUCUGUUUCAAAAGGAGUCCAAAUGGAGUUGAAAAAGUCAUCCACUACUUUUGAUGUUAUUCUGUUGGGUUUGACUUCAAUUUUAAAAUUUGUGAAGGAUUUAUGUGAAGAAACUUCUGAAGGUAGUGAUAGAGAUGACUUACAUGGUAUUUCACUUCAGCUCAUAGAGAUUGUCAGCGAGGAGAUAGAACCUGCUAUGUUGGGUUCUCCUCUUUACAAGAUGGCAUUAGAUCUCAAGUAUAUUGAAAGCCAGAGUGUUGCUGAUGAGACUAGAAAUGCAAAAUUUUUAGAGAUGUGCUCUAUAACUUAUAUGGAUAUGGUUUCACCAACAGUUUAUUUGACUGUGCUCUACUUCUAUGUCAUGGCACAGUCAAAUUUGAACACUUCCAAUGCUGAUUUCAUGCUGAAGGCAAUAGAAAAGUAUUUUAAAAUUCUAUUAUUAUCUUAUGACCCCCUAGAAAAUUUCAUCAUCACUGUUGGAUUAUUGUUUAAACUCUCAGGGCUAAGCUGUUUAAGGAUGUGGUCAGCUUUAGCAAAAGGUCUGAAAGAUUGCAUAGGCGAUAUAAAGAAUAUUUUGUCAUUUACAAUGGAUCACAGAAGUGCUUGCAUUGCCACAUGCAACUUUUUAUGCUACCCAUUCGUCAUAUGCCAUUUGCACUGGAAAGAUUUGAUAUCAGCAAAGAUCAGUGGCUCCUUGGAAGAUUCUCAUGUUCCACUACAGGAAAAGCUUGAGUUGGAACAAGUUAUUGAACUGUGGAAGUCACUUUAUGGCUCUCUCUUUGAGUGCUUCAUCACUAAUAAGUUUUCUGAAUAUCUAUGUAAUAUGUUAGAUGGGUGGCUUAACAAGUACACAAGCAUGUUUGAGUCUGCCAAUGAGCUUGAGGCAAGCCAUAAGGACCUACAUCUUGAUAACAUUUCCUUUUAUGGGAGUAUUGUGAUUUUUGUUCUGGAAAAGUCGAAAUCUUCAGAAUUAAGACUGGAUACGAACGACUGUCAUAUGAGUAACACAAGCGAGUUCAAGAUAUUGUCCGGCAUGAACAGUCGAUUGACAUUGGCUAUUAGGUAG